AUGGCUCGCUUUGGGGCAUCUAUAAAAAGCGCAUUCCUACGAAACUCGGGCAUUUAUCCUCCGACAAUGCUCAGGAAUUUUCUGGUAGCCCUCGUGGGCCUAACGGCAGCCCGAGGGGUCCAGGCAGCGGCCACGACCCCGGCACCAAACUGCGGAUCGAACCCGGCCGAUAUUGUGUUCCUCCUCGACUCUUCCGGUUCCGUCGGGAGCACGAACUUCCAGAAACAGCUCGAUUUUGUCUCACGCUUCGCGCAGACUUUCGACAUCGGACCGCGCAAUGUCGAAAUCGGCAUCGUCACGUUCGCGGCCACCCCGCACAACGAGUUCAAUCUCAACACAUACUCAACCAAACAUGAUCUGGUUGCAGCCAUCCACAAAGUUGGGUAUCACACGGGCGGUACUCGCACUGACCUUGCCCUCAAGUACGUGGAGGCGAACAGUUUCACCGAAGCCGCCGGCGACAGAGCAGGAGUCGCAAACAUCCUCAUUGUAAUGACAGACGGCAAGUCGAACGUGCCGGCAGAAACCGUCAAAGAGUCUGCUCAUAUACACAGCAAUCUUAAUGCUAAGAUUUUCGCGAUCGGUAUCGGGUCCGGCGUGGACAAGGCGGAGUUGCAGACGAUCGCCACGAACAGCCAGCACGUGUUCAAUGUGAGCAGCUUCGACGCCCUCAACACCCUACAGGCCGAGCUGAAAAAGACAGCGUGCAGAAGUCUGAAAGUAUGA